ACCAAUCUAAUGCGUCUUAAAUCCAUCGUUAUACCGCAGGCAAUUCUUUUCCUUCUUUCUCCAAUCCUGCAAACUUCUCUCCUUGAGAGUCUCACUCGCUCCUUUGUUUCUCAAUGCUCUAACACUUUCGAGCGAAUCGCAACAGGCGACUUCAUUGCGCACCGUUCGCUCGUGACCGUUCAAGCAACGAGGUUCCGAUGUAUAAGUUUUUUGUAUCUCUUAUUUACAAAUUUAAAAUAAAUAUAUAUUUUUGAUACCAUGAUAAAUUAAUUUUGGAAUAUUUUUAAAUUAAUUCAUAACAAAAUAUAAUUUUUUUCUUUGCGAAAAUCACAAUCGAAAUUUUGUGUAGUGAAUAAUUUUAACAGUGAUAAAACAACAUAAAAGGAGUGUGAUUUUUAUUGCAGUGUUUUCAAAAAUUUUUGAAAAUAUUUUACAUAUAUAUUUGUGGUGAAGCAGAAAAGAAAAAAUUUGCAAAAUGUCUGAGUAUUGUGAAUAUAUGUGGGAUACUACAAGAGGUCAUAUGAGUUCGGCACUUGCACGAAGUAUUUAUGAAGAGGAAGCUAGAUUUGAUAAACGCGACAAGAAAUUGGCCAUUAAGACUGUUCGAGCAAUAUUACGUGAAAUGCCGGAUGUAGACUUGAAGCAUUGCACGGAUGAAUAUAUUACGCGUUUCCUGUUGGCCCGGAAAUAUCGCACAGAACAAGCUGCUGCCCUGAUAGCUGCUUAUCAAGCACAAGUAGCACAUCGACAGGAUAUCUUCGGUAAUCUCACGGCUAGAGAUCCAGCCUUACAGCGCGCACUUCGGGCAGGAAUACCAGGUGUACUUCCUGCACGCGAUAGAAAAGGAAGAUGCGUACUUGUUAUUUUAGCUUCACAAUGGGAUCCGAUCGCAGUACCAGCAUUAUCAGUUCAACGAGCUAUUUUUUUAGUUCUAGAAAUACUUAUACAAGAUCCAAGAAAUCAGCAAUCCGGUUUCGUGGCAGUGGUAGAUUGGAGCGGAUUCUCUUUACGACAGGGCGGUGCCUUAGGUGCAGCGGCAUUGCGAAACCUAAUAGCUGCUCUUCGGGGACGAUUUCCUGCUAGAUUCAAAGCUAUACAUUUCUUAUCAGCGCCGCUUUAUGUUCAAGCUACGUUGGCUCUUGUAAAACCUUUCUUAGACGAAAAAACUCGAAAUAAGAUCUAUUUACAUGGAAACAAUUUGAGCACUCUACAUGAACACUUACCCACUGAUAUUUUGCCAGCGGAACUAGGUGGCACAGGGCCAGCAUUUAAUCCAGGAUUAUGGGCUGAACCAGUUAUUCAUUCAGCAAUGAAAGAAGCUGAACUGGCUGCAAUAAAGAAAGAAAAAGAACAGGCUGAAAAUGUAGAACAAUUUUAUGAUAAAACAUUUGAAUCUGGAAACAUAGAGAGUCACAAAAGAAAUGAGGCAGAUUCUAUAAAAUCGAACAAUAGUAUGAAUAGAGAAAAUGGUAGGCGAUUUUUCAAUCCCUUUAGUAAUUCUAUAAAAAAUCAGACCUCAAAGAAAAUCGAAGGAACAAACGUAGAACUGAAUCUAAUUAAUCGCACUAAUGGAUAUGCAGAAAGGAAAGAAAGUGACAGAAUGAUAAAGGAAGAUGAGAAUUCUUAUUUUAAAAAUAGAGAUAAAAUAUUAAGCAAUGAUAAUGUAAAUUAUUUUGAUGAUAAAACAGAACAGUAUAAAGAUGCAAAAGAUAAUUUAUUAAAAUCUCAGUCUGAAAAAAAUUUAAAUGAAUACGAAAUCUCAAAUAGGCCUGAUAGUGACGAUAGUAAGGAUAAUUCAUUGGAUAACAGAUCAGAGAAUGCAUUAAUUGAUUCAGGUAAAAUCGAAACUCUUUCAGAAGAAACAAAUCUCAUAACGUAAUAUUAGUUUUUUCGAUCUCUUAGAUUAAAACAAAUUAAUAAAAUACUAUGUAAGAAGUCUUGACAUUUUGAUUUUAAAUAUAAUUAAAUCAAAUGUUAUUGCGCUAGGCUUAGAUCUAGAAUUAAAUCGUAAAAUUUAGUACUUGCAUUUUGUAAGUUUUAAGAGAUAUAUUGUGAUAUAUGUCAUUUUAUAAGUAUAUAGACAUUAAUGAGGCUUUUUAUAAAUAUAAUAUCCCUUUUUAUAAAUAUAAGAUUUUGCAAUAAUUGGAACCAAUUCUUUGGAUAAUUAAAAAAUUGAAAAAUUAAAUUACUAAAUUCUGAUUUUUUUUUUUAUUAAUUUUUAUUAUUAUAAGAUAUAAAUUUCUUUUUAUAAAAGCUUUCAACCAUUAUUAUUAUUAUAAUAUGUUAUUAUUUUGUUAAAAUGUGAAAAAAAAAUACAUACAUGCUACAAAUUUAUGACAAAAGUAAAACGAACAUUGCUAGAAAUUUAUGUUCCUCUUUCUAUUUAUCUAAUAGACAUAUUUACAUAUAGUUUUAAAUAAUUUAUUAAUUUACAUUGCUAAUUUAAAUUUAUGAUAUAUUUAUCUGCGUAAUUUUUUUCAAUCGACUUUUAUCAUUAUCCAUGAAACACACAUAAGUAAAAAAUAUUGUUGCACAUAUGAAAUUCAUACAUACAAACAUUACAUAUUUUUUAAAAGUAUUUGUACAACGAUUAUUAGAAUUGUAAAUAUGUAUUAAAUUAUUAUUUAUUGACAACAAAAAGAAAAGUUUUAUAAAAUCAAAGAUCUCUCAUUUCAUAUUACAUACUCAAAAAAGCGUAUUAUGUACUUAGAAUUUUAAGUGUGAUAGAAAUUGCGUCAUAGAUAUUUUUUUAGUUCUCUUAAUAAUAUAUUUUUAAAUAAAAUAAUAUUUUAAUAUUUCGAUUA